AUGGUCAACGUUGGUAGUGCCGCCGAUCCCAUCGUCACCCGCCUCGUCGAGGAGGAUAAGGUGCCAUGGUACAAGAAGCCCAAUCUUCGUAUCCUCUACGUCUGGUUGUUCUUCUGUUGUAUGGGUGUUGAGAUGACCUCUGGUUUCGAUUCUCAGCUCAUCAACACUCUGCAAUACUCGCAGACCUUCCAUCACUAUCUUGGUGGUGGACGAAUGGACGACAAAGGCAAAUAUGCCAUCGAGCCCGGUAUGCUUGGCUUUGUCAACUCCUGCUACCAGCUCGGUUCCAUCUUUGCCGUCCCGGUUGCACCCUGGUUUGCUCAGAAGUACGGUCGACGAUGGUCCAUCAUGCUUGGUUCUCUCAUCAUGGUUGUCGGUGCCAUUAUCCAAGGAUUCGCCCAGCACGUUGGCAUGUACAUCGUUGCUCGUAUGAUUCUCGGAGCCGGAAUCCUUUUCUGUAUCAUUUCUGGUGCCGCUCUCAUCGGAGAGCUGGGUUACCCCAAGGAGCGUGCUACCUUGACCUCUCUUUUCAACUCCUCCUACUUCAUUGGUCAAAUCACCGCCUCUGCCAUCGCCAUGGGCACCACCUCUAUCAAGACCAACUGGGCCUGGAGAAUCCCUUCCCUUCUCCAGAUCUGCCCAUCUCUGAUUCAGAUUGCCACUGUUUUCCUCCUGCCUGAAUCUCCCCGUUUCCUCAUCUCCAAGGACCGCACCGAGGAGGCCGCCGAGGUUCUCAUCAAGUACCACGCCGAGGGCAACCGAGACUCCCAGCUCGUCCAAGCCGAAAUCGUACAGAUCCGUGAGACAAUCAAGGCCGAGAUGGAAGCUUCCAAGCAAUCCUGGCUCGAGGUUGUCCGCACCGCCGGUAUGCGUCGUCGAUUCGUUGUCACCAUCUUCAUCGGUCUCUUUACUCAGCUUUCCGGUAACACGCUUAUGAGCUACUACUCUUCAAAACUCUUCGAACUCAUGGGAUACACCUCCGACUGGACAAAGACCCGCAUCAACCUUGCUAACGCUUGCUGGAAUUUGAUGAACGCCACGGCCCUUGCUCUUAUCGUCCCUCGCUUCAAGCGUCGAAACAUGUACAUGCUUUCAGCCUCGCUCAUGUUGCUCGUAUUCAUCGCCAUUACCGUCUCGCUCCAGCAAAUCCAAGCAACCCCUGAAGGCCAAAAGAACAACUCUGCUGGUAUCGCUGCGUUGUUCUUUUACUUUGCCUACUCGCCAACCUACAACAUUGGAAACAACGCCCUCACCUACACCUACCUUGUCGAACUUUGGCCAUAUGCCAUGCGAUCCCGUGGUAUCGGUGUCCAGCAAAUUUUCGGAAAGCUCGCCGGUUUCUUCUCCACCAACGUCAACUCCAUCGCUCUCGAUGCCAUUCAGUGGAAGUACCUUGCCAUCUACUGUGGUUGGAUCUUCUUUGAGUUCUGCAUUGUCUACUGGCUCUACCCCGAAACCAGUGGCCGCACCCUGGAGGAACUUGCUUUCCUGUUCGAGGACGAUCAACUCAAGGAGAAGGCCACUGCCGCUGUCGAGAAGCAGAUUCACUUUGGAGAUACCAAGGACGAGCAUCAGACUCAGGUUCAGACCAAGGAGGUCGCUUAA